AUGAUGGCAUCAAAUAAAGAUGCCAUCGUACAGAAGGCAGAGUCCCCUCUCGAUAUCUCUGAGGUGGCGCGACACAAAUCAGAGCACGAUUGCUGGAGUAUUUAUAAGGGCAAUGUUUAUGAUAUUACUCGUUACUUGGACAUACACCCUGGAGGCCGCCAACAUCUGUUGGAAUACGCCGGUAAGGAUCUAACAGAAGAAUUUUUGAGAGUUCAUCCUUGGGUAAAUGGAGAAUUCUUACUAAAGUCAUUACUUAUCGGUGAGCUCAAAAGUGAAAAUGAGAAGACAGAAAAUUCUUCGUCCAUCGACUCCAGUGGAACAGCAAACUAA